CUUCCUCCCCGUCAGACGGCGCAGAGAGGGAGAGAAAGAGAAGAAGAAGCGGGUAGAAACUUGCCCCAAACUUUAGGAAAAAACUUUUUUUUUAAAUUAAAAGUGUUUCGAGCUCUUUAGAGUAUUCAGCUGAGACUUUACGCGCCGGUUUUGGAGACGUUUACGCGUCAGGCUGUGCGCGUAACGGAGAGCCCACCUGUCCGACGAAGGUAGAUUUCACUCCGUUUCUUCUAGGAUGUGACUCUUCCUGAUUCCUGUGAAAUAACGGAGCGGACCGAGCAGGCAGACGGGUGACUCGGGGUCAGAGCUGGCUCUGGUUAAAAACAUGUGCAGCCCUGUGACCAACAGGAGCACAGAGGCUGUAGAGGAGUGAGUCUUUCCAGGGGAAGGGGGGAAAAAAACGCAAGACAACUUUUCCGCUCGUCCACACUGAGAGGAUGGAUGGAGAACAUUCUGCGCUGUCAGGAGUAGAGAGGGAGAGAGAGAGGCUUCCACCAAUUUACAACAGUUCCCCUCCUGCUGGUUUGGGACGAGGAGCCAAGCAGCCUUUUCCAUCUCUGGGCACCUUCAUCUCCACGCUCAGCCAGAGGAGGGACGUAGCUGGGCGUGGAUUGCCUGGCGGCAUCACGGCCACCCUGACCAGCACGCAUGGGCUCAGACAUGGGAGAGAGCUGCCUCCGAUAUGCAGCGAUGUUCGCCAGAAGCAGCGGCUCUCCAUCGACACUCUUCCUCCAGAGGUCAAAGCUCCAUUCCCCUCUGACCCCAUCAUCCCCCUGCGCACCAAGACGACCAAGGAGUUUCAGGAGGACGUGGAGCGUGCUGUCCAAUCAGGUGACUGGAGGGAGGUCCGGGAGUUUUACCUGACCACCUUUGACUCCUUCAUAGAAAUCAACGCUGCCUUCAAGCGAGAGGCGAAUGGCUUGUUUAACACUACAGAGGACUCAGGAGUCAACACCAAGUUUGUCAACGCUGUUUACGACGCGCUGCUCAACACGCCUCAGGACAUUCAGAAGUCAGUGCUGAAAGGGAUCAUCAACAGCCUGCUGAGGGAGUGGAAAGGGCCUCGGACAAAAGAUGAUCUGCGAGCUUAUUUCAUUCUUGUUCAGAACCCACAGUAUUCAAGCACCAGCACCUAUGUGAUCUAUGCUCACCUGCUCAGGCAGAUCGCAGCUUUGUCUGAGGCCGACCACCACUUCCUGGUUCACUGGUUUAAGAAGCUGUCUACAAGACGUUUCAGGCAACUGGCAGAGCGCCUCCUGCAGUUCAUCUCCACCCGCCUGUUUCCUGCAGAACCAGAUGAACUUCCUCCUCUAUCCAAGUGCUCCUGGUGGAUUCCCUCUGCAACCAAAGUGCUCAGCCUCUUCAAUGCAGCCAACAGUGUCUCCUCCCCUCCAAUCAUGCCCUUCACUGAUUUUUACAACAUUACUCUUGAACAUAUAGAUUUUAUGGAAGAUUACAGGACCUGGCAGAACUACGGCAACUCAAAUAGAUUUUCUUUCUGUCAGUUUCCCUUCAUCCUGUCGACGGUGGUAAAGAAAGCCAUCAUCCAGAAAGACUCAGAGCAACAGAUGAUCAGUCAGGCCAGGCAAAGUCUGGUCAGUAAGGUUUCUCGCAGGCAGAGAGUGGACAUGAACCUUCUGUUUCUCAACAUUAAAGUACGACGAGCACAGCUUCUGAGCGACUCACUGGAUGAGCUGACGAGGAAGCGAUGUGAUCUAAAGAAGAAGCUGCGGGUGACUUUUGUUGGGGAGGCAGGGCUGGACAUGGGCGGCCUGACGAAAGAGUGGUUCCUGCUGCUGGUUCGACAAAUCUUUCACACAGACUACGGGAUGUUUACCUACAUGAAGGACUCGCGCUGCCAUUGGUUCAGCAGUUGGAAGUGUGACAACUAUUCUGAGUUCCAAUUGGUUGGGACUCUGAUGGGCUUAGCUGUGUACAACAGCAUCGCGCUGGACAUCCACUUCCCUCUCUACUGUUACCGGAAGCUCCUCACGCCACCUACUGUACCAUGUGACCAAAAUGCCCUCGUUGGCAUGGCAAGUGCCACCCUGGACGACCUGCAGCAGAUCAUGCCGGAGCUGGCUCACGGUUUGGGAGAGCUGCUGAGCUACGAGGGGAACGUGGAGGAGGACUUCUACCUCACCUUCCAGGUGUUCCAGGAGGAGAUGGGCGUGGUCAAAUCCUACAACCUGAAGCCUGGAGGAGACAAAAUCCCCGUCACCAAGCAGAACAGGAAGGAGUAUGUCCAGCUCUAUGUCGACUUCCUGCUGAAUAAAUCCAUUUAUAAACAGUUUGCUGCCUUCUACCAUGGCUUCCACAGUGUGUGCGCAUCCGAUGCUCUCAUGCUGCUGCGGCCUGAGGAGGUGGAGAUGUUGGUGUGCGGGAGUCCAGAGCUCGACAUGAGCGCCCUGCAGAAAGCUGCUCAGUAUGAAGGAUACAGCAAGGCCGACACCACCAUACGGUGUUUCUGGGACGUGGUGUUGGCCUUCCCUCUGGAGCUGCAGAAGAAGCUCCUCCACUUUGCCACAGGAAGCGACCGCGUUCCCGUCGGAGGAAUGGCCGACCUCAACUUCAAAAUCUCCAAGAUUGAUGUUCCGACUGACUGGCUGCCGAUCUCUCACACCUGUUUCAAUCAGAUCUGUUUGCCUCCGUAUCGAACCAGGAAGGAGCUCAAACAGAAACUCACCAUUGCAAUCUCCAAUGCUGAGGGCUUUGGCCUUGAGUGACUCAUCUGCACAAACACGCACACACACACACACACAUGAACUCUUAGCAAUGCUUUCUGCCACAGUUCUCAUAACGCGCCUCAGACUGGAGUCGAGUGAGUCAACAUGUCAAGCAACAUUUGUCAUGAAGAUGGAUUCAUUGAUGGUUUAAGUCUACAGCAAAUAUGAUGGGAGCUAAGCCUGCAAACCAGCAGCAGAGAAACUCCAGAAAUCCUUUGGUUUUAGACGGGCUCUGAUCAUUCUGUGAUUAAACAACCCCGAUCAAAAAGACUCUGAAGCACUUUAGAUUUUUACAUUCUUAUCCAACACAGGAUACAAUGAGGGAGGCGUUUAUUCAAUCCCAAAUUCAUCCUGCAACAAUCCCAAACAUCCAGCCUAAGGAACAAACUUCAGCCAGAGAUCCGGGUGAUGAGGUCCGAUGUCAACACCACAGAGUCAGUCUGGGGUCAUAUGAAGGGAUGAGAUAAUAAUGUCUGUAUUUAUAGAGAACCUUUUAAACCAGGAUUUAUAAAGUGACAGACAGACAAAAAAAAAAAAGCUGAAUACUAAAUUCAACCAGAAAGCUGAAUAUUAGUGCAAAAAAUCUCCAAACAUAAUAAAAAAAAAAAAGAUGAUAAAAGGCCAAUAAAGUAAGAGGGUAA